UUGAGACAGUCUAGAGAAAUAACUACAUUGUAACAAUGGCCCUCCGUCUUGCCUCGAAGAACCUUCCUGCUCUUGCCCAGCGUGCCGUCGCCAUGCGCGUCUCGCCGGCUGCCUUCAACGCCAUCAGGGCCUACUCCACCGAGAAGGAGGGACGUGUUGCCCCGGCUGACAAGGCCAACAGCAUCAUCGACAUGUUCCCUGGCGAGUCGCUGGUGGCCAAGACCGGCUACCUGGCCGGCGCCACCGGUCUGACGGCGCUUCUGAUCGCGAAGGAGAUCUACGUGGUCAACGAGGAGACGAUUCUGCUGGUCGCGUUUGGCUCGAUCCUGGCGGUGCUGUACAAGGUGAUCAAGGAGCCGUACAAGAGCUGGGCGGACUCGCAGCUGCAGGCGAUCCAGGACCUGCUUGUGAACGCGCGCAGCGAGCACAAGUCGGCGGUGCUGGAGCAGAUCGAGGCCAAGUCGAAGCUCAAGGACAUUGUGUCGUACACCAAGAGCCUGUUUGGCAUGUCCAAGGAGAUCGCGACGAUGAACGCCGAGGCGUUUGAGCUGCAGCAGAAGGUUGCGCUGAACAGCGAGAUCAAGUCGGUGCUGGACUCGUGGGUGCGCUACGAGAGCUCGGUGCGCGAGAACGAGCAGAAGGCGCUGGCCGAGAACGUCAUCAACAAGGUGCGCAGCCAGCUGGCCAGCCCCAAGACCCAGGACGAGAUCAUUGCUCAGUGCCUGCGCGACAUCCAGGCCAUUGCCAAGGCCAACUAAGACCUUUCAUUUUGUUUUCGUUUAACCUCAUACUAGCGAGCUGGCAAAGGUUUUUUGUUGUUUUUUACAUGAAAUCAGUGAAGCUCUUUGC